AUGCAUCGAGAUGAUUCAAACCAAGAAUUCGAGUUUGUCGAGCGGAAUACGCGCCGCCAGGUGUGGUGGACCAUCUACAUAUUUGAGAAGACGCUAUGCAGCAUUCUCGGACGACCAACUGCAAUCGACGAUCGUGAGAUGGCCAUGCAAAUUCCCGAGCCUCCGGCACUUGGGCAGCCGAGUCUAUCCACAAGCUCCAUGAGUCUUUGUUUCGACCUUGUCCGCCUCUCGUACAGCAUCCGGCAACGCGCUUAUUUCGAUCAAACUUCAGCCGAAGAGCGCUCGCCGACGCCUGCGGUUGCCAAGGCUCUGCUGCGAGAACUGGACAACUUUCUGGCGAGUAUUCCUCCGAACCUGUCACUGGAUUACUACCCAUUGACCGCCGAGCACAAAUCCAUGGUAUUGCUGCUGCACAUCUACUACUACUACACGCGCUGCAUCAUUACUCGAGAUUUUCUGAUCCAAAAGAUUGAAAACAACAUAUGCUUUUUGGAAGGCACAGUUUAUUCACAUUCCGACGACUGGCGAACGACUCUUAUGCUGGCGGAAGAUUGUGUCGAGUCGGUACACAAAAGUCUGCAAUGCAUUACGGCCGGGAUGGAGCUGGGGAUUGCCGGAUACUCGUGGCUAGAUUUUUUCUAUGUUUUUCACUCGAUACUGAUUGUAUGCGCCGACUUUCUCGCGAGACCAAAGGACCAACAGGAGUCGGCUAGGGAUGCGGAGCGCAAGGGGACGGUUCGGGCUGUGCUCAACGAGGUCCAAAACAUGCAGACUCUUGCACCUACAUACAGGACACUUAGCCGAAUUGCACUCCAGUUCGCCAACAUAACAGGGGUGGCUGAAGAGAAGAAAUCACCAACACCGACAGGCACACCUCAUGAUCCAUCGCUCGAGCCUGUCGCGCCCGCGGCGAGUGAAACAGGCAUGGAGCACGUGAUGCAGUUGGCAGAUCUGGGUGAAGAUUGGUUCACCAAUGCAACGGCCGACUUGGGACUAGAUUUCUUCGAUCUCGGUCAUGUGACGAAUUCCGUCCCAUUUCCCAUGGCCGGUUCUGCAUCAGGCUCUGAACCGGCGGCCGAGACGGCGAACGAGGGCAUGGACGACUGGACUGCCAAGACGCUCAAGGGCAUGCACAACAUAUAGAAAGUGGUGCUCGAGCUAUCAGACAUGUGUAGGAAUAUAAUCAUUUUCGAUGUGCGCUCGACAUUCCUAGUUGGGUUCGCAGGAUUCGGUGACGACAUCGCGUUUUAGCACGGCCACGGCGAUUAGCGAGGCCGCAGCCAGCGAUCCGCAUGCCGCAUAUACGAACCAUCAGAUCAGUCUAAACUGCUUUUGGAAUUUCAUGACGCAUUUGUUCGGCCCUCAUGUCAUGCCAGCGGCUGACAAGUACAAUACUACCAUCUCUCGGUGCCCAGGUGCGUGUG